AUGCUAGUUACGGCCCAUCGAACUCAUGACCCAAAUGCUCUAGAUAUAAAUGCACCAACCAAGCCACCCGACGCUGGCACCAUAGUUGUGGCCGUCUUAGUCGCAGUCGCGCUCGUAGUCUUCUUCUUGGGAAGGGAUUUCACUUCAGCUCCUCGAAGUCCGCAUUCUAGCAAUCCUGAGUCUGCAGCAAAGAAGUAUAACUACAAGCUGUGGAAACAGAAAGAAAACCAUGAACGGAAUCUUGGCGAUGAACUGGGAAUUUAUCACUGUUGUGCAAUCUGCCUCGAAACGCUACAAAACACCGACACUAUACACCAGCUGCCUUGCAAGCAUUUAUUUCACUCUGAGUGUAUUAUAAGUUGGUUUUCAAGAGGUCGUGACUCAUGCCCACUAUGUGUUCGGCACUACGAAGAUCUUUUCGACUCGCAACCCGAGCAGACAUUCGACUCUGGCGAUAAUAUUGUCUGA